UAACCGGAAGUAAAACUAAUUUCUGUUUCGCUAACUUGAUGCUUAAAGGGGAGGCUGGUGGACAAAAACUUCACGAGUCAUGCACCAUUUUAAAACAAUGACCCCGGGUCUGUAAGGGGAUUUAGAGGUCUAGGUGUCCGUGUGAGGGUCUUCAGACAGCGGGCUGCUCAGUUCACCGACUCGCUCUGCUUUUUAUAGGCGCUGUUAGCCUGCGGAUGCUAACUUCAGCUAGCCCGAAGCUAACGUUACCGUAGCUACCAACUCGCCACACAUCAGGACGAGCCCGAGCUGAGCGAAGUGCUGCUGCUUUUUGUCGUUGUUUUUAUUCCCCCACCGGUUCACCACCAGCUCAGUGAGUGAUGUGGAAAGUAACUUUACCGGCGUUUGGUGUUUUACUGCUGGCCUGGUUCUUCGGGAACUUUGUUCUGGGUUGGUUUCAACAAAACAACGUAAAACCUCAAACGCAGCACAGCGAGCACCCGAGCAGAGCCGCAGACAGUCCGGACCAGAGCUGCCUGUGUCAUCUGACGGGAGUCCUGGAUGACUGCUUCUGUGAUGUUGAAAGCAUCGACGUCUUCAACAACUUCAAGAUUUACCCUCGUAUCAAGAGGCUGACGGAAAAAGACUACUUCAGAUACUACAGAGUGAACUUGAAGCGACCAUGUCCCUUCUGGCCUGACGACGGACAUUGUGCCAUCAAAGAUUGCCAUGUGGAACCCUGUCCAGAGAGUAAGAUCCCGGUGGGCAUCAAGUCUGGGAACUACAACAAGUACUCCCAGGCAGCGAAUACGAUGUCAGACAUGACAGAGUGUGAACAGGCCAAAGAACUGGGCGCCAUCAACAGCACCCUGAGUAACCAGAGUAAAGAGGCUUUCGCUGACUGGGCGAGACAUGACGAUGCUCAGGACCACUUCUGUGAGCUAGAUGAUGAAACCUCUCCAGAUUCAGAGUAUGUGGAUCUUCUGCUGAAUCCAGAGCGAUUUACUGGAUACAAGGGUUCUUCAGCCUGGAGAGUGUGGAACAGCAUCUAUGAGGAAAACUGCUUCAAGCCCAGAUCAGUGUACCGACCUCUCAACCCUCUUGCUCCGAGUAGAGGCGAGUCUCAGUUUACAGUUUCAUCAUCUGCACGUUCAACUUGGCUUUCAUUAAUAUCACAACAAUCACUCAAGGAAGCAGGCUUGUCACUCGGCUUUGUGGGAGAUGACGAUGGGGAGGGUUUCUACAAGUGGCUUGAAGGUUUGUGUUUAGAGAAGAGAGUUUUCUACAGACUCAUCUCAGGCCUUCACAGCAGCAUCAACAUCCACCUGUGUGCCGAGUACCUGCUGGACGAGGGUUGGGGCCGCUCAGUCUGGGGUCCAAACGUUCAGGAGUUUCGGCAGCGGUUUGACACAGCAGAGACAAAGGGCGAGGGCACACGGCGGCUGAAGAACCUGUACUUCCUGUACCUCAUCGAGCUGCGGGCACUCUACAAGGUGGCUCCAUAUUUCGAACGAGCAUUUGUCAACCUGUACACCGGAAACACACAGGAGGACAGUGCCACCAAGGACCUGCUACUGGAAGUUUUCAAUGAGAUCAAAUCUUUCCCAAUGCACUUUGAUGAGAAGUCUAUGUUCGCCGGACACAAAAUAGAAGCCAAAAUAUUAAAGGAGGAAUUCCGCCUCCAUUUUAAAAACAUCUCCAGGAUCAUGGACUGUGUCGGCUGCAGUAAAUGUCGACUGUGGGGAAAACUGCAGACUCAGGGCCUGGGUACAGCCCUGAAGAUCCUCUUCUCAGAGAAGGAGAUCCAGAAGCUCCCUGAGCACAGUCCCUCUAAAGGUUUCCAGCUGACUCGACAGGAGAUCGUGGCCUUAAUGAACGGCUUUGGCAGGUUGUCCACCAGUAUAUAUCAGCUCCACAACUUCCGUGUGCUGCUGAAUAAGAACAGGUAACACAAGGUGGUGCGGUGCCAGCCCACAGAGAACUGCAAUAGUCUGAUCCUCGCCCAGAAGAAGAAAUUUUUCAUGGACAUCAGGAUCAGCAGUGAACAGCCCCACAAACUCUCUCUUCCACCCAAUAAUCUCUCUCCUCUUUCCCUCCCGUACCUCCUCCUCUUCCUCCUCAAUCUGGUAGAUCAUGAAUGUUAACUCUUCUGCCUUCUCGCCUACAUCAGAAAAGUCUCAAGGUUCUCAAAAAACAUCUUUGUUUUUCCUCUGCUGUAAAACUUGUCGGCCAGUGACGAACUCUGUCCUUUUUCUUCAUUUAAAUGUUUUCCGGCCCGUGAAAUCAGCGGGUUGCGGCAUUUGACAACCUGAAGGAGUUUGGAAGGAAGUGAUGUCACAGACCAAACAGACGGACUCACAUGCCCAGAUGACUGUGUUUGAUCUAAAGCAGUCGAGGAAAGCAUCUUAAAUCGCUUCAGUGUCUCUUUCUGACCCUGCCCUCUGCUGACAUCACAUCCUGUUGGAUGUAAACCUGAGUCAGACCUUUUACAGCUCUACUGUAAGGAUGUGGAAAUACUUUCUCCGGAGAGAGGACUCGGGACGGGCCAGUCCAGAUGAAAGUGUGUCUCAAUCAUCAGGAUGCUGCUGCCUGUUUUAGUUCUCAUUCUUUUCCUCUUUCACCUUUUUUUUUUGUUUUACAGAGAAGUUUUUUACUCAGAGCCUGAGGAUCUGGACCAACCUGCUCGUGUUUACCAUCUCAGGCCUAAUUUAUGUCAAGCUCGCUAGAAGGAGUGUGUGUCUUUGUGUUUGUGUUUGUGCAGACCUAUGUGAGAAGUUCCCACCAGCCACAUGAUGAUUGUUGAUUUUAGCCGGCCAUUUUGUAGACCUUCAUCUUUUUGUAGACAACGCUGAUUAGACGUGUUUAAUGUCACACAGCAUUUCCCAAUGUGGAUUUCACUGACAAGAUCAGUUUAACUUAACUUUACCUUAACCCAAUGCAGACUCCCAACAUUCACAAUAAGGCAUGUGUUUAGCUAACAUUGGCAAACCUAAGAUGUCACUUUUAACUUUUAAUCAUCUUUAAAAUAUGGUUUUCUUUUCAUCAUAGACGAGCUAGCAUGUGGCAUAUCUAAGUACAGAAAAGGAACAAGCUGACCGAGGUUUGCUCAACUGUGAUUGGAGCACAGACCAAAAAGGGGCGGCGCUUAGUGUACUGAUCUGGAAGUUUUACAGUUAAAAUGAAACUCACUCAAUGCAGCUCACUGGACUGACUCCACAUCAUAUAAUGUGACCCACGGGGAGCUCUCAGUACUUCAAAAACUGGAGGUGAGAAACAAGUUCUCCAAGAAGCUGUGGAUUCAUGGCUGACUGUUAGGAUAGUGAAAAUGGCCAGUGGCCACUGUGGCUAGUGGACGAUACCACCAAGAUGUGAUGUUAACUUUCUGACCAACAUUUGAAAAAGUAGCUAGAAUGAACUGUCUCAGCUCACCUGUGGACAUGUUGUUAAAUAGGUUAAACCAAACUCAAAGUAGCUUUGUGAUAUUUUUUUUAUAUCAUCUCAUGUAAAGUAUGAAGCAAUAGCAUCAAUGUCAGCUAAGGUGCUGAUUUCAGUUUGGCACGUUGGAAAACUUUGGUGCCGAUGGUUUGGUUUUUGUGUUUGUGUGUGUAGGUCAUCAACAGUUGCAGCUAUAAAAUUAUGGACUAUGACUUGAUUCCAUAGUUAAAUAACCAUAAACUUGAUACAGUAGCAAAUGUUUUUGCUCUUUUGCGAUAACUAAUAAUUCUGUUUGUGUGUUUGGAUGAAUGGGUCGUCUGGCUGGCUGGCUGUCUGGUUGCUGCUGUGUAUUUUGAGUAUUUUCUGUUUUUUGCUGCCUAGUUCUCUCCAGCACUCUUGUUGCUUCGGCCAUGUUGUCUUAAUGCACAACUUUAAACAAGAUAGAUUUAUUAGAUUUAUUUAAACUGGGAGUUAUGAAUUGUUAUUGUUUCAGUAUUUUAUUUUAUGCUUAACUGAAAGGGGUGUGAUGACACAGGGAGGAGAGGGACUUUCAUCGAGCGUGCAGGCAGAUCAGCAGAAGGGUGGGAAGUGGAGGUGGAGCGGACGCUGACGGAUGAUGGGGAAAAUGUUUCUCCUUAUAUAUAUUUUUUUAUUAUUACCUUUUUUUUUUUCUUGUCAACAAAUCCCAUGGGCAGACCAAGCUGCAUCCUAUGUGGCUGUGAAAUAAAGCCAAUGCGGCCAAUAACUGCAGUUCCUUGAACGGCCACUUGAGGCUUGCUCCAGAAUGAGUCCAUAUCCAUAAGCCACCAUAUUAAAAUGUCCAACACAGCAGAAAUAAACAUUUUUACAGCCUGGUACAAAAAACUGUACCCGUUCAAAUUAUAUUAAAGCUUAAAGUUAUCCAUAACUAAGAGCAUUUGAUUGACACAAAGUGAGCUUUAAAUAGGUUCAGCUCCACCUACGCUCCAUGUCUUUGGACUAGCGAGGAGGUGGCACAGGCAAGACUGCCAAGUUGGCGGCAGUCAGAGCCACCACACUGAGCUUCACAACGGCUCUUCGGAAACCUGUGGGUGACGUCACAGAUACGACGUUCCUAUUUUAUACUGUCUAUGGUGCAGACUCAAACAAACAAUGUGUUAAUGCUUCUGUCAAUACUGCCUUCCUGUUUGUGGUUCUCAUCUCCAGCUUCUCACACAAAUAUAUAGUUUCAUGUUUAAAAAGCUUCAGUAAUUUUCUAAAAAAAAAGCUGCUCACUAGUUUUUUAGUAAACAAACAGGAAAAGGUGCAUUUGUUGGGGACUAUUUUCAGCGUUAAAUUUAAAUAAGCAACGUCAAACAAGCAAAGACUUAUUAAAGAGCUAUAUACUCCUUAAAAAUUAAACGUAAUGAAACACUUCAAGAUACAAGUUGAUGCUUCAAUUGUUAAAAAUAUUGUUGACCAUUAACAUGGGAUAGUUUCCUUGCCGUCACUCUUAUUUUGUGUAUGUUAAAAUUGUAUAAGAAGACGAUCAGGGCAGCAGGUAGACAACCUGUCGAAUCUAAAUGAGGCGUUUUUCCAGAUUUAGCUGGAUGUUUGUUUUGCUUAGUCAGUAAAAGUAUAAAGCGGACCAAAGAAAUUGUCUACAUUUGUUUUAUGUAUUUUUGUUUGUUUGUGAUGCCCAGAAAGUGUUUGUUUUACUCAGCUGCAUAGUUUGGAGACGUAAUGUUAAGAUAAGUUGUGUUUAAGAUUCUUUUCUUUUUUUUACUGGUCAUACAGUAUAUGUAUGAGGCUUAGGCUGACAUGUCACCUCUAUAUAACAAUUAAAAUGAAAAAUAUUAAAAGUAAUAUUAAAAGUAAAAUUCCAGCUUCUGUUUGCUCCUCUUAUGUGCUUUAAUGGCAUUUAUCACACAAUUUUCUUGGGUUGGGGAGACAGUUCAUUACAAUUAAAGGACUUAAAUAUCAGCCACCAGCAGCUUUAGUCCAAAAUCUAAUCAGUCAAUAUAAUCAGUCAAAUAUGUGAAAAAUGUCUCUUUUUUUGCCCUGAGUUUUGUCUCUAAGGAGAGAUAAAGUAAAGCCUGUAAUGGUACAUACAGGCAAAACAAGUCUCCAAAUUUAAAGACCAACGUUUAUCGAGCAAUAACUUUCGCCCUCAGUGGCUAACACAAUCAUUCCUAUAGCCCUCCUCACAGUAAAAGCCAGAAUUCCCAUUUUGCAGCUUACAGUAAGUGACAUCUUUAAAUGUCACAAGGUUUUGAGAAGUUGGAAACUAUGUUUGGUUAUUAAAUGCUCGAUCAUCAGUGAUUCAUUUUAAUGUUGAUCCCCUAACAAAUUAGAUAAUUGUUUCACUACUUUGACAGUUAUAUUUUACUGUAAAUUUGAUCUUCCUAAGCAAUGACGUACUGUAUAGCAGCCUCUGCACACUGCCAUGGAUUUACAGUAAUUCUAUAUGACCAUAGUGAAGAAAUACAAACCCUACACUGAAUUUAGUUGAGAGUAAAUUAAUUUAAUCGACUUGUGUAGGUUGAGUCUGUGAAACUGUGUGGGAAUCCUGUAAAAUAUUUCUAGAACAUAAACUCCUCCUCAGAUAAAACCAGCAAAAUUAAAAAGGACACGACAGUGAAGCAGUCCAUUGGAGUUGAGAACAGGAAGUGUGAAACAUUCUGUUAGAAAUUUUGAUCCUGAUGCUUCAGAAGCUUCUCAGAGAGGAAACCGUUUGUCUUAUUUUAUGUUAGUUUGAGAAAGAAGGUUUGAGAUUCAUGUGAAUUAAUGAGACAGGAAAUGUGUGUUUCUGUGUGCAAAAUAUAGCGUGUGUGUGUGUUGAUAAUGAUAAAACGUGUGUGUUUUAGUAAGGAUACGGAAGCCUGAGUGUGACAAAUGGAAUAUGUAUAAAUGUAAAGAGACAUGGAAGUAACUGAAACCUAAAUGUAAAAUGUAUUCAGUACUGAAUGCUUAUUACUGCUGAAUUUGGAUUACUGAAGUACUUUCCUUUGAAAACCAUCCAUCUGAAUUUACGUUUAAAAAACUAAAUCAAAGUUGUGUGAUUUCAAACAGUUGAUUGUCUUUUCUUUUACAUGGUCUGAAAGUGUCCAAUGUUCCAAAAACUGUAUGUAAGCUGCUUAACUUCAACUAGUGGUUUUCAGAUGUAAAAGUUUAGGACAAAAGUUGAAGUUGCUCAGAAAAAAUUCAAGAUUAAGAUUCAAACAAACCAAUCCGGAGUACCAAAGAUCAGAGACUGAAUAUAAUUUCAGAAAAGAAGUUCAGAUAGAAGCUAGAAACAGCAAAUUUUUCUAAAUCAAAUUUACAGUAAUUACAUUACUUUUUUGAAAUUACAAAAUCCUAAAUAAUCUACUAGAAAUUAAACAACUGGGUAAAGUAAAAAAAAAAAAAAGUGAUAUUGAAAUGUUAAGAUUGGUUCAGUUGCUUAUAAAAUGUAAACUAUAUUAUCAGUUGUCAGUUAUAUUUAGGACAGUUUAUAAUUUUUUCAGCCUCCAUAAAUGAGACGGUUCAUGUGAACAAAAUACAAAAUUUGUUACAGGAAUUAGAUGCGUGUGUGUGUGUAUGUGUGUGUAUGUGUGUGUAUGUGUGUGUAUGUGUGUGUGUGGGUGUGUGUGUGUGUGUGUGUGUGUGCAUGCCUUCCUCUGAGCCUUGCAUGCCCUCCAGCAGCUGGACGUCCCGUACAGUCCACUUGUCAGCCUUAAACUAAAUCACUAUUUUAGAAAAAGACAAAAAAAAAAAAAAACUUCUUCAUAUUUCUUCAUCUUGAAUCCAAUUGUGUACAGUUUGUAAAAGGCAGCACAAGUUUUCUUUCUUUUGCUUUCAGAUUUCUAUGAAUAUAUAUAGUUGCACCAUGUUGAUGUGUGUGUACCUGUUGAGUAUAUUUAUUUGAAAAGAGGAAUAAAUAUUUCUGGACAUCA